GCUAGCCAGUUAAAGUUGACAUUGACACUCACUCACAGAUUCACAGCCACUACAAUCCAAUGAGCAAGAACAAAAUCAUGAGCACAUCAAGAAAAGCCAUGGCUUUGCCGAUGGGGCUGAACUUUCUCCUCCUCCUCGCCAUGGUCGCCACCAACAUCCUCUCCCUCUACCACCUCUCCUCCACCAUCCAAUCCACUCCCCCCUCCCCUCCCCCCGUCCCCGACCACCUCAUCCGCCAGCUCUCCACCAUCCGCGCCACCAUCAACCACCUCCGCCCCUCCAACAAUCCCCCCUCCUCCUCCUCCGCCGCCGCCGCCCCUUCCGAUCUACUCCUCUACACCCGCUUCUCCCCCAUCGCCUCCUCCUGCAGAGACAACCCAAUCCUCCUCCACAACUACAUGAACUACACCCCUUUCUCCCCCUGCCCUGAUGAUUCCCCCUUAGCCGAGGAUCUCAUCCUCAGAGGCUGCCACCCCCUCCCCCGCCGCCGCUGCUUCUCCAAAACCCCUCCCUCCCCUUCUCCCCCUCUCCCCUCCGACCCCUUCUCCCCCCUCCCCGAUAAAACCGCCCUUUUCACCCACUACACCUGCAAAACCUUCUCCUGCUUCGCCAAGCAGAAUCCGGAAAUGGGAUUCGACAUGCGGGUCGAGAAAUCGAGGUAUUUGACUUCCGAAACGGAUCUGGAUCUCUUAAUUCCGCAGCUCUUUAAGCUGACGGAGUCCGCCAAGAGCGUGAUCCGGCUAGGGCUCGACGUCGGCGGCGGGAGCGGGACCUUCGCGGCGCAGAUGAAGCUGCGGAAUGUGACUGUGGUGACGACCACCAUGAAUCUCGGGGCGCCGUACAGCGAGGCCGCGGCGGCGAGGGGGCUGGUGGCGCUCCACGCGCCGCUGCAGCAGCGGCUGCCGGUGUUUGAUGGGACUAUUGAUCUCGUGCGGUGCGGCCACGCCGUGAACCGUUGGAUUCCCGUGGCGGCGAUGGAGUUCUUGUUUUUUGAUGUGGAUAGAGUGUUGAGAGGUGGGGGGUACUUGUUGUUGGACCGUUUUUUCAGUAAAAGAUUGGAUCUUGAGAAGGUUUACGCGCCGUUGAUCGGGAAAUUGGGGUACAAGAAGGUGAAGUGGGCUGUGGCUAGCAAGAGUGAUAAGAAUGGCGAGGUUUAUUUGACUGCCCUCUUGCAGAAGCCAUUGAUUAGAUCAACCUCCGAAUAAGGUGGUCCGUGCUAAUUUUUUUACUUCGUCUCCAAAUGUUGAUUCUUCCCUUUCGUCCGGUUGGAUAUAUAUACACAUACAGGCAGAUAGUUCGAUUUGUCAGCAAAUCCAUUUUUAGAUUCAGGCAACCAAAUAAGGCGAUUGUUGGAGCAAGUGUACAAGGUACAUUUUCAAAUUUCCGACAGAUUAGAACUGGCAACCGCAAAAACCAACAUGUGCUAUUCUGGAUUAUAGGUUGAUAGAACAGGGGAUGCUUAUUUUCAUACAGUGUUGCAAGAAAAUCAGCAUUUGAUAACUUUUUUUCUUUUCCCUCCAAAUUCUCUCUGUAUUUUUUGAAGUUAUUUUAGCAAUUUCAGACACUGUAUCAGAGUCUGUAGUAAUGUACCCCCAAUGAUUAAUAAUUUGAUACACUUUCUUGAUA